CAGACACUUCUGUAAAUUUUGGUUUCUAAACAACCGUUCGGGGGAUCAGUAUGCUUUCUGCUCGGUUCUUUCUCACUAGGUUCUCUCAUUUAUGGCUGAGCAACUGUGCGAAAAGCUUACCCCGGACCCUUGGUUCCCGGCUGGCGUCGUCCGAUUCAACCCAUGUCACGGACUACGUACCAGAGGAUGCUGACGUUGUUCUGAAGGAUCCUGCUGAAAUCGAGAAAAAGAAACAGCUUGCCGAAACCAUCACUAUUGACACGCCAAUGGACAUCUCGUGCCUCAGUGGUGUACCCGAAGAGCACAUAAAGACACGACGUGUGCGCAUCUUCAUACCUGCCCGUAACGCCAUGCAGUCCGGAACCCACAACACUCAUAAAUGGAAAAUGGAAUUUGACAACCGAGAACGCUGGGAGAAUCCGCUCAUGGGUUGGUGCUCUACAGGUGAUCCUUUGUCCAACAUGAACCUUGAUUUUGCAAACAAGGAAGCUGCUAUGGCAUUCUGUGAGAAAAAUGGAUGGGAUUACUACAUCGAUGAACCCGCACCAAAGAGACCGCCUCGAAAGAACUACGGUGAUAACUUCUCCUGGAACAAGAGAACAAGGGUCUCCACAAAAUAAUGCGAUGUAGCUUGUUUUGGAAAAAUGUGAUUAGCCAGAUAGACGAAUAAACUGCCCUAACUUCAUUCGUCAACUUUCAA